CUCACUCUGCUGAUUGAACCCAACGCAUGUAUCCCUCUGAAGGGAUGGGAUGCAUGUCUUUUCAAGGCAACUUAGCUGACAGCUCAUCAAUGAAGCUGUGGAAUAAGUAUAAACAAUAAGGGAGGCCUAUCCGAAUGCCUUAAGUUGCAGUUUCUAUAGGUUCAUUGCGCAGCCUGCCUAAGAUGUUAUCCACGCUUGAUGCUUGCUACCACUCGCGCGGCGAAUGUCACCAUAUCGAGGCUCCGUGCUAUUGUGAUGUAUUUUUGCUUGUCAGGCUGUCAGGGUGCCCAGGCUGAUAACCACUGCAGCGGGAUCUUACUGAUGCUAAUUCAGUCGCUGCCUACGCGAGGGGAAAUAAUUUAUAGUCGUCGUAGGCUUGGCUUUGUCCAGCAAUACGCCAACAGUACCGACACUAUUUUUUGGUUAGGUUGAUUUGAGCUGCUGCAUGCAUUGUAUUUCGUUG